AGGGCAGUGGAAGCUAUUGCGUGUUUUUUUUUUCGCUGCCUUACUAGCCCUCAGGUUUCACAGUGUCUUUGUCAUCGUAUUACACUUCGUGGAGCUCAACUUCAAGCACGAGAAUCUUUAAGCAAGAAAUGCCUACGGGUACCUGUCAUCUUUAAAUGUCGCAGCAAUCGGUUCCAGCUCUGGCAUGCGCACCAGCAUGAAAGCUUGCGUGGGCGAGGUUUGCGCGAAUGUUCCGCGCCCAAAGGCCGCGCAGGACGGGUGCUGGCACGUGGCAGCGGUGGCCUGCCUUCUGACCUGCCUCGCCUCAGCCCUGACUCGGUCCUCGGGUUUCCUGUACGUCGGCAUCAUGGAGCAAUAUGGCGCUGACCACGCAGAGGCAUCAUGGCCUAUCGCUCUGGCCUCCGUGCUAAACAACAUGGCCGGGCUCGUGGCGGGACCAAUAUGCCAGAAGAUUGGCGCAGUUCCAGUCCUGCACGCAGGCUGCGUCAUCAUGUGGGUGUCUCUUAUCGCGAGCAGCUUUUCCCCCAACAUUAUGUCGCUGUCGUUUACCAUGGGCGCCUUGUUUGGAAUAGGUUCUGGUACCACGUUCAUUACACUGCACGUCUUAGUGAAUCAGCAUUUCAAGAAGUACAAAGGUCUUGCUCUCGGCAUCAUGUACACCGGCUGCACGGCAUCUGCCUUCAUUUUUCCCAGGCUCCUGCUCUUCCUUGCCAAUACCUACGGCUUUCGAGGAAGCAUGCUGAUAUUCGGCGGCAUCACGAUGCACGCAACCGCACUGGCCUUGCUGCUAAAAAAUCCAGACUGGACUCGGCAUAACAGCGAGCACGAGCAACCGACGGAUGCAGAAAAGAAAGCAGGCGUCUUUACUCUUGGAAGCAAAGACAGUAACCAUUCACAAACUCCUAGCGAAGAAGCAACCACCGACAAGACAGGACCGAACCCUGCUAGUUUGAUAUACGGCAUAACGGUGUUGAGGAGUCCCAUGCUCUACGUCAUUUUGUUCACGUACAUAGUUUUAUACUUCAACUUUGGCGUGUUUAUGACAACCGUUGUGGACUUUGCUGUCGACCGGGGUUCUUCAGUUGCCAGCGCAGUGAACCUCGUGCCGCUCUUUUCUAUCACGGACACUGUGGGGCGUCUGGGCUUGCCCGUGCUGGCCGACCGUGGAUACAUACGCCGCAGUACCCUGACAAUGCUCAACUAUUCGCUCAUGGCGGUUUGCAUGUUCGCGCUGCCUUUCUCUUCGUCGUACGCCGCCUUGCUGGCCGUGUGCAUGUUCGUGGCACUGUUCCAAGGCUGCGGUAUUCCCCUCUACCCCGCUCUCAUGGCCGAGUACAUCGGGCUUGAGAGGCUGCCGAUCGGCUACGGCAUCGUGGGAACAGUGGCGGGUCCAUUGUUCUUAUUGAACCCGCUAUUCAUUGGAUACUUCAGGGACAAGGCAGGUUGCUACGACAACAUGUAUAAGGUUCAAGCAUUAACCCUGAUUCUGCUUGGAGUCACCUGGAUGAUCGUCGUCUGUGCCGAAAGGAAAAGAAAAAGAACUUGGAGCCGAAGCUGCAACGAGGGAGAGAACGCGCACAUCAUUACCGGUCCUUCCUCUUGUCACUGGUCAGGAAAAUAUCACUCAUUUUCGUGCUCAAAAACAUGAAUUUUCAAAACAAGCGCUCUGCUUAGAACUGGUAA